CAAGUACCCCUUUUUGGAUUUUAGAAACGCGGCAUAUCCGAUUUUAAUCCGUUGCCAGCGAAUGUGUGAUCUAUUUCCUCUAUAUAUACCCUACCAUCGCCGUACACCACCGAUCCAAAAUCGCAGCCUUGAACUCCCACACAACGCGCAAGUCAAAUCUGUUCUUCUCCGCCUGCGCCUCUCUCCCUCUUUUGUAAGAUUCCAACUGCAGUAAUUGGAUAUAGCACUGCCGAAGAUUGGCUCUUGACAAGGGAAGUUUGACUUCUAUAACAUUUAUUUGAUUAAAUUGUUACAAGGUAAGGAACCGACUUUGUUCUGUUGCAAUUUAAUACAGCAUAAUAUUUUUUGUUUGACAGAAAAGUAGUUCUUUGAAUCUUCCCUCUAAUUUAAGUCUGUUACUGCCCAAUCCAAGGUUGUUGCGGCUGAUAUUCAAAGAAAAUAAUAGAUUGAAAUGAACUACAUAUGUUAAAAAGGGGGUUAAAAGGAAAAAAAUGAAAAGCAGGGCAUAAGCUGGAGUUACAAAUGAUUCUUUUAUUAUCAGUUAAUUUAAAACACUUAGAUAGUUUGAUGAAAUUGGUAAUUUAUAUUUAGUUAGAUACGUUUAAGGUUUAAAAAGCCUAGUUCGGGUGUUAGGCGGUUUGUCCUGGAAAGGAAAGUCAUAACAUAAGCGUUGAGACAUUGAGGCGUAAGCCUCAAAAUAUACCAAUGUAUAAAAAUUAAAUAUUUAUAUCACUAAAAAACAACUAAGCAUAUACAUAAUUAUAAGUAAAAAAAUGUCUCAAACACGGUAGUUCAAAAGGAGAAUCCCAACACACAAACUAACACAUCACACAUAUGACACAAUUCAGAAAUCUGGAAGCUCAAUCACCAUAUCCGAUAGCCUCAUCACCAUCAUCAUAUCUUAUGGCCUUAGCACCUUCAACCCUUCCAUCAUUACUAUCAAUGUUUUCCCAUUCUUAUCAUUGUGCAGGAGAAUGAAAAUAUUCUAACAAUUUUCAUAAAAUAAAUUGUGUCCCAAAUUUCAUGAGUGUCCCAAAUUCCACAAAAUAAAUUUUGCAUAAAAUGUGUAUUUUGUUUUCCUUUAAAUUGUUAUUAUUAUUUAGAUUGUGUGUGGAUAUAUUUUGAUGGAGGAACUAACAUUGUUUCAUUUCUCAUCUUUGAGAUGCAUUUCUUUGGUCUUCAUCAUACCAAAAUGCAGAAUUUUUUCAGUCAUUUGAAUGGAUGCGAAAAAGUUCAUACAAUUGGUCGAGGAGAAAAAGAGGAGAGCUUUGGAGAAGAACGAAGCUCGCCUGAAGUGGGAAGAGAAGUUAGAGGCCGCAGCUAAGGCACGGGCAGAUGCCGAAGCUAAAGAGAAGAAGUCAAAGUCAACCACAGCAAAAAACAAGAGGAGAUCUGAUUCAGAGUUCGAUGACAGUGGCAGUGAAAGUGAUUAUGACAGAAAAGCCAUCAAGAAGUCUCACUCUCACAAGAGGCACAGAAAGCAUCACCACAAGAGUCACAGACGCUCACAUUCUGGCAGCGGGGGAUACAAUAGUGAUGAAUCAGAGGAAAAUGAUAGGAGGAAGAAACGGGCUCACAAGAAGCACAAGCGUGAUGGAGACUCUUCAGAUGAUGAUAGUGAUGACACCGGAAGGAGGCACCACAAAAAGCAUCACAAGCGGUCUCACUCUGGCACUUCAGAGCCUUCAAGUGAUGAUGAAAAUGAAGAUGAGUAUAAAAGAAGUGAGGGGCAUAAAAGGAAUCGCCACAGGCAUCACCACCAUCACCAUCACAGCCAUAAAAGACUUGAGCAGCUGGAGUUGGCGGGAGUGGGUGCUUAGGAGAAGAUGUCUGUCGUAUUGACAUGUCUUCUGGAUGUACUCUGCGCUUUAUUCAUUGAAAACAAUUGAAACGUGUUAUUUUAAUUUGGCCACUCAGAUUCACUAUCUUCUGUUCUUAUAGAGAGGCAUAAGUCAUAAGAGAAAUGUGGUUAAGAAAAUGCCAAAAUUAUCCCAAAAGAUGUUAAACUUAUUCACAUUCAACUUUGUCUACCUAUAGAGAAUAGACUAUUCUUCUCGAGUUGGG